UCCGGCUCGAUUAAAAUGUCUUGACUCGAUGAUGUCACGAUAACUUCCUCGUCUGCACGGACAAAUGUUGAAUAAUAUUUUUGACAGAAUCGCUGUCGGGCAGGAAUAACAAGUCCGACACCACUGACGUGAGGCGUCGCGCAUCGUGUUGCGCAUGCGCGUGUGGCUGAAAUGAAGGUAAAGGUGAUCUCCAUCCUGGAAGACAACUACAUGUACCUGGUGAUAGAGGAGCAGAGUAAACAGGCCAUAGCUGUGGAUCCGGCUGUACCGCAUCGGUUGCUCGAAAUAGUGAAGAGAGAAGGCGUGUCUCUGGUAGCUGUCCUCACCACACACCACCACUGGGAUCAUGCUCGAGGGAACGAGGCUCUGGUGAAGGAGGUUCCUGGCCUGAGGGUGUACGGGGGGGACGAUCGGAUCGGGGGUUUGACGGAUAAAGUCGCAAAUGCUCAGGAAUUAAAGUUUAGCAGCAUCAAUGUGAGGUGCCUGUUCACUCCCUGCCAUACCUCUGGUCACAUGUGCUACUUUGUUUGGGAGGAUGAGUGCACCGACGCCCCGGCCGUGUUCACAGGGGACACGCUGUUUAUUGGUGGUUGCGGGCGGUUUCUGGAGGGUACGGCGGAACAGAUGUACCACAACCUCACCCAGGUGCUCGGCUCCCUACCUCAAGACACGAAGGUGUUCUGCGGACACGAGUACACCAUUAAGAACCUGAAGUUUGCCAUGCUGGUGGAGCCGGAGAAUGAAAAGGUUAAAGAGAUGCUGAGCUGGGCCAGGGCGAGAGACGACGAUGACAAACCAACGGUGCCGUCUACCCUAGUGGAGGAAUUUGAAUACAACCCGUUUCUUCGCCUCUCGGAGGAAGGAGUACAAAAGUUCACGGGCAAGACGGAUCCUAUAGAGGUACUGAGGGUCCUGCGGAAGGAGAAGGACAAAUUCAAGAAGCCCAAGGAGAGACUUCCUCCUCACGCCAUGCUGGCUUUAGAGUGGGGCCUGCUCCGACCAUGAGAUCACGUCUCAGAGCUUAAAGGUCAGGACAUACUCAGCUGCUAACGAGGGAUGCGGUGAACGCGGCAAAGCGCUAGAGUGUGGUGUCUAUUGCUUCGACUUAAGUUUGACCAAUUUACCGUAUGCUGCUGGGUGCCAGGUUCGCCCUGAAGUACCACAUGUUUAUGUGUUAAGUCUGCUCAAAAAAAGGCCAGUUCAAAGCUGCUUCCAUUAAAUAUUCCUGCACUAAUUUAAAGGCUGGUCUCCGUUCUGCACAAACUAACUGGACCAGGUCACAUCUGCCCAUCUGCUAUAGCUGUUUAUGUCGUUUCUUUUUGUCAUUGUGGUCAGUAACGAUUUCCGUUCUUUAUAUAUGGUAUAUAUUUUUAAAUUGACCCUUUUUAACCCUCUGAUUGGUCUAUUGACCGCCAACCACCAACAGGGGGCGUCUGGUAAAGGGUCAAUUGUGUUUUUUGUUUUUUUUUUGUCCUACAUUUGCAAGCUUCCAAUCUAAUUUAUCAUAUGUAAAAUUUAAGUGAUAUUUUGGGGAAGGUGUCAAAUGUGUUUUAAACUGUACCACAAGAAAGAUUUUAAAAAAUCAUGCGGUGUAUAAAACCUUGAAUGUACUUUCCAAAAGUUUUAAAAUAUUAAAAUUAAAACAACA